AUGCUUCCCUUGGUCGUUGGCCUGGCACUGGUCCUCUUACUGAACUGCUCUUGGAUCGUCGCCGUUGUCAUCGUAGUUGCGCUCCUCCUGUUCUUCGUGUUGAACUUAAUCAUGCGUCAGGAGUCCAUGCUCUAUGUGCCCUGUGUUAUGCCGGGAAUGCAGACCCCAAGCGAUAACCCAGAAGGCAUGCGCAGCCCUGCUGACAGGCAGAUGAAGUUCGAAGAUGUCUUUCUGGAGACAGUUGAUGGCUUGCGAAUUCAUGCCUGGUUCUUGCCAGCCGGAGAUGAUGCAGCAACUCGGUCUGCACCGACGCUGCUGUUCUGCCACGCAAAUGCCGGGAAUAUUGGUCUUCGUAUUCCAAACUUCGAGCAUCUCAUCAAACGGCUGCAGGUGAAUGUAUUUGCCCUUGACUAUCGGGGAUAUGGUCAAAGUGAAGGAACUCCUUCCGAGGAGGGUCUCAUCGAGGAUGCCUUGUGUGCGUGGAGGUGGCUGCAAAAGGAAUCUAGUGCAGGGCGUAUAGAUGCGGAACAGCUUUUCGUUUUCGGCCGAUCUCUUGGUGGGGCAGUUACCAUAGCACUUGCUUCUGAGCUCCAGAAGCGUGCGCAACAGCCGUUCCCAAGAGGUCUCAUCUUAGAGAACACGUUUACAUCCAUUAGUGACGUUGUCAAUGCGCUGUUUCCCAUUUUGGCAUUCGAAAGCCUGAAAAAGCGGUUUCUUCGAAUAAAAUGGGAAAGCAUCCAGAGAGUUCCGGACCUCGAGGUACCAAUGUUGUUCCUCACAGGGGAAAAGGAUGAGAUGAUCCCUCCUUCCCACUCUCGACUUCUGCAUGCGCGAGCAGAAAAGUCAAGGCUGAAGCGGCAGGUGGUGUUUCCAGAGGGUCACCACAACGAUACGUGGGAGAAGGGUGGCGAGGAGUGGGCCAAUGCUCAAGUGUUGUGA